GAACAAGACGUCUAAGAGGAGGAGAGCCUUUCUCCUUUGGAUAAAAGCGGCCUUCAUACAGAGUCGAAUGCAGUGACCGUGCGUCAGUUAGCGAAGUGCAAUACUAAACCAACCACCAUGAGGACAAUUGCUUUGUGCCUAGUUGCUGUGGUGGGAGUGGCCUACGCAGAGCCACCAGUGGGCGGAGGCUACAGCUAUUCAAGGCCAUCAAGUGGUGGCUACAGUGGCGGUGGUGGGGGUUACAGCAGUGGUGGGGGUUACAGCAGUGGUGGGGGUUAUAGCAGCGGAGGAGGUUAUAGCAGCGGAGGGGGUGGGUACGUCCAGGUUGCUCCAGGCCCUUCUUCCAACGAGGGACAAUAUGUUGACAGUGCACUUCUCGAACAGGUCAGACAAAUCAUCCUGAAGGAUGAAGCCUCCUCUUCUUCUUCAAGCGGUGGAUACCCCAGCUCAAGCGGUGGAUAUCCCAGCUCAAGCUACGGUGCACCCAGCUCUAGCUACGGUGUCCCAAGCUCCAGCUAUGGUGUCCCUCAGAGCUACGUCAGCCGAGUUGUAGGCAUCGAUCUCGAAGGAGUCAAGCAAGCACUUCAGGUUGCUCAAUUUGAACAGGCCAGUUCUGGUGGUGGCUAUGCAGGUGGCUACCCAUCCGGAUCUUACGGAGCCCCAUCCGGAUCCUACGGCGCCCCUUCCCGAACACCUUCCGGAUCUUACGGAGUGCCCUUCUAGACACAAACCCCUCUCAUCCGAUUUGUACAUAGAACACACACAAACUUCAUCGAACCAAAAAUGUGGAAAGAUUUUACAUGACGAGUGGAGCAAAAACAAUCAAAUUAGCCCUGUUAAGUUUAAUUCAAAUUAAAAAUAACCCUGGGAUAAGCAAAAAUUUGACACAUUUAAUAGUAGCUGUUUGGUUUUGAAGCAUCUAAAUUUAAAAAUCUACUUUGUGAAAAUAAUUAAAAACUAAAAAUUUUGUGAAGUGAACAACUACAACACUUAACUUAUUUCGGACUGUGUGAAACCUAAAUUGCAUUCAGAUAAGGUUACACAGUUCAAAAUAAACUUGAAAAUUUGAAAUUUUAUGUUAUGUUAUGUCAUGUGACAGCUUACCUAAAUUUGGGAGAGGAAUAGCACAAGGUUACCUUAUUUUUCUCUCCCUAUCAUUUUUGAUGAUAUACUUGUUGUAUGAAUCAAUCAACUCUGUUUAUCUUGAAUAGCUAAUUGAUUUGUUGAUAGAUAUUUCAUUAUAAGAUACCUGAAAUUCAUAAUUUAAUCGGUAAACACUAUGGAAGAUUCAUUUUAUGAAGAAGCCUUCAAAAUUUAUUUAAUGGUGGAUUGAAAUAUAAAUUAUUUCAUCGUUAAUUGUUCAUUCAAAAAUGCUCCACUCGAUAAGUGAUUAUUAUUACUUUAACAGACAACUACUUUGGGACAAAAUUUCACAAUUUCUAUUCAUUGCUGUUAUCUAUUACCUAUCUUUUUCUUUCGAAUCGUAUUGUUAGUUUCAUGUUUCCUAUUUUCCAUUUUCCAAUCUGUCCUGUACGUUGUUUGUUUUUUGUAGGUGAUAUUUCAUUUUCUAAGUCAUAAAGAAAUUUUGUCCCACAGACGUUUUCGAAACCUCUCAUUUGUCAUGUUUAUCGUAACUGUAAUAGUAUAUUGUUUUUACAAAGUUUUGUAAGAAAAUGCAAUCAACAAUGUUGAUAAAAAAUACAAAAAAAUUAAAAAAUUGAAUAAACCGAUACAUGUUGCCACCGUGAACA